AUGAAGCUUUAUGCUUCUGGCUUUAACGGCUGGCGGCAGCUAGAGUUCAAAGCGAACAAGGAAACGAACGAGCCAGACGAUUUCGCCUCGUUCCAGCUAGUUCUGUCGGGCAGUUCUAUAGGCCGUCCAUGGUCCUCAAUGUCAUGGACUCUUGUCCGAACGGACGCCGGAAUACAGCAUGCAGGCUUUCCUGACGAAGCCAUCCGAUCGUCUAGGCUCGAGGACAAGCUACUGUCAUCACUAGCAGCUAGAGCAGGGAACGGCAUCGUCGCAGAGUAUCAUACGACCGAGAAGACCAUUCACCAGCAGCCAUCACCAUUUUCGUUGACCCAUGGGAGUGAGGCCCGGGUAUUUACUGGGCUAGGAGUAAUCGUCCAGUUGGAAGCGUACGAAACAGGGUUCGUAGCCUUGACUGAGGACGGCCGUGUGUGGACUUGGGGUGAUGAGCGGUAUGCCGCCUGCCUCGGAAGGGAAACACAUUCAAGUCCAGCAGAAACGCCAGGGGUCGUGGAGGAACUCGAAGGCCUGCCAUCAGGCAAGAUCACAAGAAUUGCCGCCGCUGGCUACAUCGUUCUCGCGCUGACGGAAGGGAAUGAUCUCUACGCGUGGGGUGGUCAUCCAGGCCGCCGGGCUAUCGUGGAAGGCUUGUCGGAGAGCCCAAUGCCCAUCGUCGUCGAGGAAUGCGACAUAUUAGACUGUUCCGUUGGCGAGUCACAUGUUAUCGUGCUCACUACAAACGGUGAUGCAUACCUCAUUGGUGACAAUACGAACGGUCAGCUAGGGCUGCCUAUAGACAAGGCGACUACAUGGAUGAAAUUAUCGGCAAUUCAGGAAGAGGGACAUCCUGUAGUGGCUGUCAGAGCAGGACAGCGAAGCUCGUUCAUACUGACAGAAGGAUAA